AAACUUGCUCUGUUAACUUCGGGCUAGCACUCUUCGUUAUUUCUUCCACUGUGCUAUAUUGUUUCAAAUCAAAUCACAGAAACUUCUCCACAAGUCCAAUGAUAGCUUGCUACCAAGAAAAGAUCUUUUAUUGCUUCUGGAAACCUUGGAUGGCUGAAACUGAAGAGUCUUGUGUACCAAAGGAGGGAGAAAAGGAAGAGGAAGAUGAUGAACCAGCUUUGAAUUACCAACCUCCUGCAGAAAAGACAAUUAAUGAGAUUCUAAAAGCAGAUGAGGAUGAUGACAGUUUAGUAAGGUAUAAGCAGAAAUUGCUUGGUAGUGCUGCUGGUAGUACCAACAUCAUACUCUAUCCUGAUAAUCCAAACAAAGUAAUUCUGCAAAAACUGAUAUUAAAAGUAGAUUCAAGACCAGAUGUAGUUAUUUCACUCAUAGGUGAUCUGAGCAAACUCUGUAAAAAUGCAUUUGUUAUAAAAGAAGGUUGCAAAUAUCGAAUGCAGAUUGAUUUUUAUGUUCAACGAGACAUUGUCUGUGGUUUGAAUUAUUACCAAACUGUCUAUCGUAAAGGUAUCAGAGUUGAUAACUUCAACCACAUGGUGGGGAGCUAUGGUCCUUCUAAAGAUCUCGUAAGUUAUUUGACGCCUAGUGAAGAUGCUCCAUCUGGAUUGAUUAGCCGUGGUACUUACACUGUGCGCAGUAAAUUUGUUGAUGAUGAUGGUAUUGAGUAUCUCAAAUGGGAAUGGGCUUUUGAGAUCACGAAAGAAUGGAAAUAAACUCUAACAAAAAUCACUAAUUUCCAUUUCACAUUAUGCUAUAUAAUUUUUAAGAUCAAAAAAUGGAAUGAUUCAGCUAAAAAUCAUGUAAUUUCAGCUUCUCAAUUUUUUAUUUUUUUUUUUAAUAUUUUUUUAUAAUUUUAUUCUGCUGCAUGAUAGAAAAAGAAGAUAGAAGAAAAAAAAAUUGACAAUUUGCACAAUUUUCUACCCUUCCUCUGCUGUUUCUAAUGAAGUCCACUUUCAAUAUAGAAUUCCUUUCUUUUCUGUGGGUUAACAAUUGGCAGUGUGUAGCCUCCACAAACAUGGACUACCUUGCUGUUCACUUACAGACCAAUCUCUGUCAUUUCAUAUACAAAGAAAAACAAAAUUUAAAACACUUUAUUUUCAUUUCAAUUUCAAAAGCUAUAUUUUUGUGCUUUUUCUCUUUGCUUAAAUGCCAUUCAAAAGAUGCUUUUUGAAUCAUGGUAUGCUGUCCAUUUAUUUAUGCUGAAUGUUAGCUUUUCUCUAUCACUCUUUCUCCCUUCCUCCUUUCUUUAUUGCCCUCCCCCCACCACCUUUCUAUUAUUGUUAAAAAUAUACCUUGAACCAUUUCUUUCUGUUCAGAUAAUGUUAGAUCAUGAAAUUACAGCUCCUUUAUAAUCAUUAUUGGGACAGACCAGUGAAUUUCCUUCUAGAGAUUCUCAUUUUACUAAUCAUGCAAUAACAAAAUUUAUAUUAUUGUAAUAGCUGAAUCCUGUCUCCCUCUCUCUUUCUCUUUUCUUCUCUCUAAACUUUGGCAGUGAUGAUGGUCAGCAUUGUAUCUUUUGUUUUGAUGAAAUAAAGAAAACUAUGAAAAAAAAUCUCAGUAUUUACUAA